CAAAUUUGAUUAUAAACUAAAUAUAUAUAUUUAAAUAUAUAUUUAUAUUUUUUAUUGAUUUUUUUUCAUUGAAAUUGCCGUGAGAGUGUGCGUGUGGUGCGUGAUGUGUUCGGUGGUGGGGCAGCUACUAUAGUUCUUCGAUCUUCUACUAUAUAUACACAUACAUCAUGUCGUCCAAGAACCAAAUGAGCGUCUUCAUGGAGAAGAUCAACACGACGCUACAGUCGUGCCCCAUUGUGUGCAUCAAUGAGCCGGACACGCACAGUGCCAGCACGGAUACGGAGAUACUGCAGACUACGCCGGAGAGCACCCUAGAGAAGCCCAAGUCGGGGACUACCGUCAACGGCAAUUGUAUAACAAUUAAUGGAGGAGUUGGCCUACCUGUAGAGCCUUCACCAGCCAGUUCCAGUGGAGUGGGAGUGACCAAGAUAACCAUAACCAGUGACAACAAUAACACUAACAGUAACACCUCUGGCGGCAACACCAAGUCCUACAACAGCAACAGCAAGAACAACAGUAGUCUGGUAUCCAUCACAAGCCUAAACAGCUGCAGCGACCUAAGUCAGGCCAGUACAGCCACAUUGGCCAUAACUGGUAGUGCUAAUAGUGGUAAUGGCACCACCAUCAUCAAUAGUCAUCCCUUGAACACUGGCAGUCAGAGUAGCAACACUAUCAGCAGCACUAGCAACAUCAUCAACGGUGGCAGCGACACUUCGUCGAACAACUUCCAGGAGCGGUUCGACUUUGAACACUGGAAGGGAUUACUCAGCGAUUACAACUGCUUUCACGGAUUAUAUCGCUAUUGGAAUCAGUACAGUGGACGGCACGGGCACGGUCACGGACACACCAGCGAUAACUGCAACAGCAACAGCGGCAGCAACGACAAUAUUAACCCUAAUCAACACCAGCAGCCGCAGACUCAUUCGCAGUCCGACCAUGAGAACGGACUGGGCAGUGGAGCUGGAUCCUUCUACACCCACAAUAUCCUAGGCUACACCUUUGGCUAUCCCUUUGGCCUGAAAGAGGACAUUGACAACAACAACGGCAGCAGCGGCCGGAAUAGUAACUGCAACAGCAACACUAACAGUCUUGGCUUCCGGAAAUCGCUAAGCAGUCUAGCCGGAGGAGGAGGAGGUGGCAGUAGUGGGGAGACUCCUCUCCAGAAACACUACAGGCAGCAGCAGAAGAAGAAGAUGCCAGUCUUCAGGGGCAGAAGGGCCUGGUGUGGCUGCUUUAAGGACGAUGAGCCGCCGGAGAUCUGCGUGGUGGAGGGAGCUCUCCAGACCCUCACACCCACCAUGCCCUCGGUGGACGAACUGGACUCCAAGUUCGCCGAACUCGUCGAAGAACUGGAUCUGACGGCGCCCAACAAGGAGGCCAUGCUGAGCCUGCCGGCGCAGAAAAAGUGGCAGAUCUACUGCUCCCGGAAGCUGCCGCUGGAGACGGGUGAGGGUCCGGAUGCGGUGGCCGUGAUGCAGCCGCCCACGGCGGAGUACUACAUCGAGAAGCUGAAGGAGCUGCAUAUAUCGCCGGAGGACUCGCCGAGCCAUGAGCUCGGAAACCGUCUGGACGGACAUGCCGCUUUCGUGGAUGCCUUGAAGACCGCCCUGAGGACCUCCACGCACAGCUUUGUGCUCCGGUUCGUGGAGCUGGAUGGGUUGCCGGCGCUGCUCAAUCUGCUCCGGCAGCUGGACAUCCGGGUGACCAACAGCAUGCUGCACACGAGCCUCAUCGGGUGCAUCAAGGCGCUGAUGAACAACUCGAUGGGACGGGCCCAUGUCCUGGCCCAUCCGACGGCCAUCGACACCAUAGCCCGGUCGCUGGUGGCCGACAACAUCCGGACCAAGAUCGCCGCCCUGGAGAUCCUGGGCGCGGUGUGCCUGGUGCCGGGCGGACACCGGAAGGUGCUGCAGGCCAUGCUCACCUUCCAGGAGUUCGCCGCCGAACGGACUCGCUUUCAGAGCAUCGUCAACGACCUGGACCGGUCCACCUACGGCUACCGGGACAACGUCAACCUGAAGACGGCACUAAUGUCCUUCGUCAAUGCGGUCCUCAACUACGGGCCGGGCCAGGAGAAUCUGGAGUUUAGGCUGCAUCUCAGAUACGAGUUCCUCAUGCUGGGCAUCCAGCCGGUCAUCGACAAGCUGAGGACCCACGAGAACGAGACUUUGGACAGGCAUUUGGACUUCUUCGAAAUGGUGCGCGCCGAGGAUGAAAAGGAGUUCGCCCGCCGCUUCAACGAGGAGCAUGUGGACACCAAGAGCGCUGGCUCCAUGUUCGAGCUGCUGCGUCGCAAGCUGAGCCACUCGCCCGCCUACCCACACAUGCUAUCCAUGCUCCAGCACAUGCUCCUGCUGCCCUAUACUGGCCACUGUACGGAGCACUGGCUUCUCUUCGAUCGCGUCGUCCAGCAGAUUGUGCUGCAGGUGGAGCAGCGUCCCAACAGCGACCUCAUCCCCGAUCCCGACGAUCCUACCAAGCAGCUGAAGCUGUCCGCCGAGUCGCCCAUUCAUGAUCCGGACGUGGCGCCCCUGCAGAUCGAUGUCUCCAAGCUGGUGCGCCUCCUGGUCAAGGAGGAGCAAUUGACACAGGCCCGCAAGCGGGCGGACGAGCUGGAGCGCGAGAACUUCGAUGUGCAGUCGCGGCUGGCCAAGAAGGAGCAGGAACUGGACCUGCGCAUGCAGGAGAAGGAGGAUCUGGAGACGGGACUGGCUCGCAUGCGCGAGCGCCUCGAAAAGGAGUCCGCCCAGCACUCGCAGGCGGUGCAGCGGGCCCAGACCGCCGAGAUGAAGGCCGAGGAUCUGCAGCAUCGUCUGCACAGCGAGCAGCAGGAGCGGGCGCGUCUGGAGCGCUUGGUCACGGAGGGAAGCAUUCCCGACGACCAGAAGGUGGCCGGACUGACGGGCUGCAACGGUGCCGUUUCGCCGCCACCACCGCCGCCCAUGCUCAAGGCCAUGCCGCCGCCACCGCCACCCAUGGCACCGGCCAUGCUGCCGCCACCACCACCGCCUUGUCCGGGAGCACCUCCACCGCCACCCAGCAUGGCCCCCACUAUGGCUCCUGCGCCACCAAAGGUGGAGAUGCCCAAAAAGAAUGUGCCACAGCCCACCAAUCCUCUGAAGAGCUUCAACUGGUCCAAGCUGCCGGAUGCCAAGCUCCAGGGCACUGUCUGGAGUGAGCUGGACGAGAGCAAGCUCUACAACAACAUGGAACUGGAAUCGAUAGACAAGCUCUUCUCUGCCUACCAAAAAAAUGGUGUCUCCACCACCGAUGGCUCCUAUGAGGACCUGCGUGUCACUGGCCAGAAGCCCAAACAGAAAGUAUUGUCGGUCAUCGAUGGACGUCGCGCCCAGAACUGCACCAUCCUGCUCAGCAAGCUGAAAAUGAGCGACAUGGAGAUAUCCAAAGCCAUUCUCUCCAUGGACAGCAACGAGCAGCUGGCUCUGGACAUGGUGGAGCAACUGCUGAAGUUUACGCCAUCGGCGGAGGAGCGCGCCCUGCUGGACGAGCACAGCGAGGAUAUAGAGUCGCUUGCACGGGCUGACCGGUUUCUCUACGAGAUUUCCAAGAUCCCCCACUAUGAGCAGCGCUUGAAGAGCCUGCACUACAAGAAACGCUUCAUGCUGACGGUCAAUGAUCUGAUUCCCAGGAUUACCAGUGUCAUGGAGGCCUCCCGCGAGGUGGCCAGAUCCAGAAGGCUGCGUAAGCUCUUGGAACUGGUGCUGGCAUUGGGCAACUACAUGAAUCGCGGAGCUCGCGGCAAUGCCUCUGGUUUCCGCUUGGCUUCGCUGAACCGACUGGCGGAUACCAAGUCGAGCGCCGCCAAGGGCACCACUCUGCUGCACUACCUCGUCCAGGUGAUCGAGCGCAAGUUCAAGGAUCUGCUAAAGCUGGAGGACGAUAUACCGCAUGUGCGCGAAGCCUCCAAGGUGUCGCUGGGCGAGAUGGACAAGGAUAUACAGAUGCUGCGCACAGGGCUGGCGGAUGUGGCCCGGGAGAUCGAGUUCCAUCGGAGUUCGGGGCCCGCCCAGCAGGGCGAUCGCUUCCUGCCCGUGAUGCGGGAGUUCCAUGCCCAGGCAUCGGUGCGUUUCGCGGAGCUGGAGGACAAGUUCCAGGAUAUGAAGACGCGCUUCGAUCGCGCCGUGCGUCUGUUUGGCGAAGACGGCUCGGUGCUACAGCCGGAUGAGUUCUUUGGUAUCUUCGACUCGUUCCUGGGUUCCUUUGCGGAGGCGCGGCACGACAACGAGAGCUUACGCCGGCGCCAGGAGGAGGAGGAGAAGCGGGCCAAGCAGGAGGCGGAGCUGAAGAAGCGCACCAUCGAGCGCAAAAACAAGACCGGACUGAUGAGCAGCGUGGCGAAGAAUCUGGGCCUAAAGUCGGGCUCCUCCAGCGGCGAUUCGCCCGGCAAGGGUGACAACAAGGCUGGCGAGUUCGAUGACCUCAUUUCGGCGCUGCGCACGGGCGACGUCUUUGGCGAGGACAUGGCCAAGUUCAAAAGGUCACGCAAAGCGCGAGUUUUGAAUGGCGGCAGUGGCUCCACGGGAAACACCUCGCCUCCACGGCACGGCAGCCUGCAACGGGAGGAGAGCGGCAGGGAGAGGGAGCGCACCGUGCGGCGUCAGUAGACACUCCCUGGAUCCUAACUACUCCUCCUAGUGUAAAUGUUUCUUAACCUUUAUUUUUUUUUUUUUCAAAAAUCAAAAUCGCGCGCAAGUAUUUUUUUUUUCCGAUACAUGGUAAAGACACACACUUUUUAUGUAAUUAUUUAUAUUAUAUAAUUAUCGUACGCAUACAAUAUACAUAUACAUACAUAUAUAUAUCUAAAUAUAUAGCACAUAAUCUAUACAUAAAGCUCGGCUAAUGCAAGCAUGAAACCAAAUUUUUUACAAAAUCGAAACGUAAUUGUAAUUUAAAGUUUAAUGAAAUGUUAUGAACUAAUAGGAGGAUCAUCGGAUCAUCAUGUGUAGCGUGUACCUUUGAAAUUGUAUUGGCCAGCACCUAUCAAAGCUUGUAUUUGCAUCUAAAACAGCUAUAUACUAUACUACUAUAUUAUAUACCGAUUUGUCAGUGCUCAUUCAUCUCAAUCGUAGCGCAAUCGUAGCCCCCAAGAUGUUGAAGAAAUCGAAAGGAUUCGGGGCCUGCCAUAAAGUCAUGUUCAUAAUUAAGAUCAACAUUGUUUGUUUUCUUCUCUAUAUAUGUUUUUUUUUUUUAGCACGAGAUCCAUUAUCGAACACAUCAAUAAUACGAAAAAUACAAAGCAAUUUUAAAGCGAGUUGCACAGACACUUAAAAAAACAACAAGGGAUAGCGUCUCUGAGGGAGGGAGCUAUCCUAUAUUGAAAAUUACACCCUAACUAUUAACAAAUUAUAAU